GUACCUUAAAAUUGUACUUAAGUACAGUUGUUGGGGUUCAAUUUAGAGUUAUCAGAUAUGAAAUCAUAUUAUUUUGGAUGGAAACAUUGGUUGUUUUUAGAGUUACAUCUUAUUCUGUUUGUACAAAGUUCUCCCAUUCGUACUGAAUAGACAUUUAAUGAAACACCCUUUAUGAAUUGAAUACAUUUAGUUUUUCCAACUUAAAUUAACUCACAUUUCUUUUCGCUGUGUGGGCGUCCCUGGACUUCCACACAAAUCCACACUAUUGACUGAGGAUGUCCUGUUCUAUCGGUGUGUGUGUGUGUGUUACUGAGAAAUGGGAGGGUAGAAACCCUCAACAUGACAUAGCUCUCAACAUCAGAGCUGGAACGAGUCAUCUGGUGUCUGCAGGCUUCAAGCAGAAAACUCUCCAGAAGACAGCGCGGCUUCAGGAGGGACCUGGCCUCUUCAUCACCAGUACACUCAUCAUCACAACAAGACCAUGAGCGCCCACGAGUACAACCUCUCGCUGAACUACUUUAACGAGACGCCAUGGCAUAUCUAUGAGUGCACCCUCCAGCUGGAGAGUGCUGGAGACUACCGACGCAUCGCCCUCUUCCUGGUCUACCUUUUCAUCUUCACGGUGGGCCUGCUGGAGAACGGCCUCGUCAUCUGGGUCAACUGGCGCCGACGCCACUCCGCCAACGCAGUUCUCUUCUGCAUCAUCAACGUGAGCCUGUCGGACCUGAUGGUGAUCGUCAUCCUGCCUUUCUUCAUGAUGGAGGUGACCAUGGACAGGGUUUGGCUGUGGGGCCGCUUCCUCUGCAAGGUCACCAACCUCAUCUAUGUGGUCAACUUCUACAGCAGCUCCUUCUUCCUGGCCUUCAUGACCCUGGAGCGCUACCUGUCCCUGACUAGACCCUCGUUUCCGUCCUUCUUCCCUGUGGUGGGCCGGCGCCGCUGGGUGCUCUGCGGAGGCCUGUGGGUGCUCUCCUUGUUCCUCGCUCUGAUGGAGAACGUCCACGUAGACCUUCUGGAGAUGGACGAGCCGGGCUGUUACAUGCUGCCUGAGCAGAACUACACCGAAUGGUUUGUCUCUGUGGCUUUCCUUUGCCUGAUUUUCCAGUUCCUGGGCCCUACUGCCGUCAUCGUCACCUGCAACGUGCUGAUCGCUCGCGCGGUUCAAACGGCACCGGAUGUGCAGGGCCGUCGGGACGUGUGGCUGGUGCACGUGUACUCCCUGGUGUUUGUCAUGUGCUGGCUGCCCUACCACCUGGUCAUGUUCCUGAUGAUCAUAGAUGACCUCGAGCCGUUCAUCUUCAGCUGCAACACAAUCGACCUCCUCUACUUCUCGUACAACGUGGUGCAGAGCUUGUCUCUGUUCCACUGUGUCGCCAACCCCAUCCUCUACAACUUCCUCAGCAAGAGCUUCCGCAGCAACUUGAUCAACACUGUGGUGGACUACAUACCCAGAGAGGCUACUGUGGACCAGGUAGGACCGGGGACCCGGCCCAACGCUCCCAAUGGAGGCGGGUUAGACCUGGGGAAGCAACGCAAGUUGAGUAACGCCAGCACCAGCCAGUCUGAUAUUGGAUCAUAAAGAAAAGGAGCUGAGAUGAGAAAAAGUGACACGUCAGACGUCAAUCCAGUCGUUGUGCUUUAGAAUACCAGAUGCAUAGAUUGUACAACGUAUCAUCUCAAUCUGGCAAUAGACUCUUUGUGCUAUUUGUUACGCUACUAAUGGGUUCACAGACACCUUCCACGUAUAAUCCACUUCCUUUUUUUACCCGAUAUCUGAUCGCAGUUUUAAACAAAGAAAGGCACAAAAUAUUUGGUGUUUCGUGUUUUUUCCCCCUUCAAAGCUGCUCAAUGCCCACAGAAAAGGCAAACGUUAUGAUCUGAUGGCACAUAAAGAGAAUAGUGCCACAAGAACCAGCACCACACAUCUGCGGUCGAUCCAGUGCCAGAUAAAAACAACCGUAACCAAAUAAACAUCUAAAAGUGUAACUGUUUCACUUCAUUACAAAUCGAACAGAUGCAUAAUUCAUAUCCCUAGAUGCUGCUGUUUUCUACAUGUGAUGUAAAACUGUUUAAAUGCAAUAAAACUCCAUCAAACACUAUUUGUAUCCAUUUAAGCUGCAGAAGAGUUUGUUCUCUUUAAUGCAGAGAGGAGCAAAAAACAAAAUUGGGAACGUGUUUAUUCUACUGGGACACGUUUUGCUGUUCUUGCAUGUAGCUAUCUCCCUUCUCGCAGACUGUAUUACAGUCACUUCCAUUUCGGUCAUCUGGAAUGCGUCACGAUCAACUGUUGAAAAGAUAAGAAGGCAGAAAAAAGGAAAAGGGGGUGUCAGUCCACAGCUGGCACAAUAGCAGGAAGAGACCGGGCUUUAAAGAGGGCAAAGGUCACAAGCCCUUGGAAGCAGGAGGUUCACAAUGCUACGCAGAUUUCUGCAAGUUCAUCAUUGACAUUCUGACGAUGGAUGGACUUUGUGGUUCAGGAGAGCUGAAAUGAACCACUUCUACAACUGGUGUUCGGUCUGACUUUAAACAUAAAGAUAUUAUUAGUGAUUUCAGGAGAAACUCCUUUCUGUCCCCUGUAAUUAUGAACGACAUAACCAUUGAAAGUGUAAAUGAGUACAAGAACCUGGGCACUGUUAUUUAUUGGAAGCUUUAGCUAUGCCGACAAUUCUUUAUAAGAUUCAUUAGGAGUAUAUUGACCAUUUGUGUUCAGAGUAUUGUCUGUACAAAACAAUAUCAAACUGAACAGCGUUGUUAAACUGGGUCGCGGGAUAGUUGGGGAACUAAUGUGCCCUAUAACUCGCAUGUCAGACCAGUACAACAUGAAUUUAGCUCACAUGAUCAUAGCAUCUGCACCCUUUAAGGUCUAAAUAUGAAGGUGUCGCAUGUCCAGGACGUGGACGAUAAGAGGCAUCACAGAAUUCAAAAGCUUAAAAUGCUCUGUACUCAUGGUUUGAAUUUGACACCCUUAUGAACUGGUUUUAAAUGCUGCAUUACAGUAAAGUGAUGUAAUUUACUUAACUUAUCAGACUAUUGGCUUUCCCCCACUUAACCAUUAUAUCCACAUCACUGAAAUCUCAUUGUUUAAAUAUGUUACGGACAAUAUUGAUAUUGAGGUAUUUGGUCAAUAACAUUGUGAUAUUUGAUUUUCUCCAUUUCGCCCAGUAUUACUGUCAUGUAUGAUUGUUGUUGUUAUUCUGAUAUUAUUUUAUGCUAAAGAAGAAACCCCUUGGGGCAAUAAAGGUUUCAUUCAUU